GGCUCGGGAAGUGCAGGGCUGGGGUCCGCGUGGAAGUUUUCCCUAGGGUUCGGGGACCAGGAGAAACUGUACUUCUGUAAAUGUUGCUGGUUCACUUUUCUCUAAGACACUUCACAGAUCAGAAGAUUUCAAGUUGGAGGUUUUUCAGUUCAUAAUAUGAAAAUGCUGCUGAUCUUGUUCUUCAUAAUAAUUUACACCCAUGUUUCUAUAAACCAAGAUUCUGACCCCGAGUAUGCAGAUGUCGUGUUCCUGGUGGACAGCUCUGAUCACCUGGGAAAUAAGUCCUUCCCUCUUGUGAGAACAUUUAUCAACAAGAUGAUUAACAGUCUCCCCAUAGAGGCCAACAAAUACCGCGUGGCCCUGGCCCAGUACAGCGACAGGCUCCACAGUGAGUUCCAGCUGAACACCUUCAAGAGCAAGAACCCCAUGCUGAGCCACCUCAAGAAGAACUUCGCGUUCAUGGGCGGCUCCCUGCGGGUAGGGAAUGCUCUCCAGGAGGCUCACAGGACCUACUUCUCCGGCCCGGCCAACGGGAGAGACAAGAAACUGUUUCCCCCGAUUCUGGUGGUGCUGGCUUCGGCCGAAUCCGAGGACGACGUGGAAGAGGCUUCCAAGGCUCUGCGGCAAGACGGGGUGAGAAUCAUCUCUGUGGGGCUGCAGACAGCCUCUGAGGAGAACCUGAAGGCCAUGGCCACGGGUCAGUUUCAUUUCAGCCUCCGGACGGUCAGGGACCUCAGCGCGUUCUCCCAGAACAUGACGCAGAUCAUCAAGGAUGCGGCUCAGUACGAGGAAGGAGCAGCCGAUGAUAUUCUUGUUGAAGUGUGCCAAGGCCCUUCAGUGGCUGAUGUUGUCUUCCUGUUGGAUAUGUCCAUCAACGGCAGCGAGGAGAACUUAGACUAUCUUAAGGAGUUCCUCGAAGAAAGUGUAUCUGCUCUUGACAUAAAGGAAAAUUGCAUGAGGGUUGGCCUCGUGGCCUACAGCGAUGAGACGCAGGUGAUAAACUCACUGAGCAGGGGCAUAAAUAAGUCGGAGGUUCUCCAGUCUAUCCAGAGCCUCUUUCUUCAGGAUGGGAAGGCCUACACCGGGGCCGCCCUCAGAAAGGUAAGGGAGGAAGUGUUCAGCGCAUACAACGGCAGUCGGAGGAAUCAGGGGGUGCCCCAGAUUGCCGUGCUGGUGACCCACCAGCCAUCAGAAGACAACGUGACCGAGGAGGCUGUCAACCUCCGGCGCCAGGGUGUGGCCGUCUUCACCCUGGGCAUGGAGGGGGCCAGCGAGAGCCAGCUGGAGAAGAUCGCGUCGCACCCUGCUGAGCUGUAUGUCUCCAAACUGAAGACCUUCUCCGAUCUGGCCGCUCACAACCAGACAUUUCUGAAGAAGCUGCGGAACCAGAUAACACACACAGUCUCUGUGUUUUCCGAACAAACCGAAACUCUCAAAGGAGGUUGUGUGGACACUGAAGAAGCAGACAUCUAUCUGCUCAUUGAUGGAUCCUGGAACAUCCAGGCCACAGACUUCCAAGAAAUGAAGACGUUCCUAUCAGAGGUUGUAAAGAUGUUCACCAUCGCUCCCCAGAACGUGCGGGUUGGGGCUGUUCAGUACGCUGACAGCUGGGAUUUAGAAUUUGAGAUCAAUAAAUACUCUAACAAGCACGACUUGGGAAAGGCCAUUGAGAACAUCAGGCAGAUGGGCGGGGGUACGCACACAGGCGCAGCCCUGAAUUUCACCCUGGGGCUGUUGCAAAAAGCAAAGCAGCAGCGAGGAAACCGAGUGCCCUGCCAUCUUGUCGUCCUGACAAACGGCGUGUCGGAGGAUAGCAUCCUGGAGCCUGCAAACAGGCUAAGGGAGGAGCUCAUCCACGUUCACGCCAUCGGGGUCAAGGAGGCCAACCAAACACAGCUGCGAGAGAUCACGGGCGAGGAGAAGAGGGUGUACUACGUGCAUGACUUUGACGCUUUGAAAGACAUAAGAAACCAAGUUGUUCAAGAAAUCUGUGCUGAAGAAGCCUGCAAAGAGAUGAAAGCUGACAUCAUGUUUCUGGUGGACAGUUCUGGCAGUAUAGGAGAUGUUAACUUUGAGAAAAUGAAAACCUUCAUGAAAAACCUGGUGAGCAAAUCUCAGAUUGGCGCAGAUCGUGUGCAAAUCGGCGUAGUCCAGUUCAGUGACAUCAAUGAGGAGGAGUUUCAGCUCAACAAAUACAUGUCCCAGAGUGAAAUUUCAGAUGCCAUAGACCAAAUGCAACAGAUGAAACAAACUACAAUGACGGGCAGUGCCCUGGCCUUUGUGUCUCAGUACUUCAGCCCCGCCAAGGGGGCCCGACCCAACGUCAGGAAGUUUCUCAUCCUCAUCACUGAUGGCGAAGCUCAUGACAUAGUCAAGGACCCAGCAGAAGCACUUCGGCAAGAUGGCAUCAUUAUCUACUCUGUGGGGGUGUUUGGCUCCAAUGUCACCCAGCUGGAGGAGAUCAGCGGGAGGCGGGAGAUGGUUUUUUAUAUUGAGAAUUUCGACAUUCUGCAGAGCAUUGAAGACAAUCUCAUUUUUGGAAUAUGCAGCCCCCGGGAAGAUUGCAAGCGAUACGAAGUUUUAGACGUUGUAUUUGUGAUUGAUAGCUCUGGCAGCAUUGACAAUAAUGAAUAUAAUAUCAUGAAGGAUUUCAUGAUAGACUUGGUGAAAAAAGCUAACGUUGGCAAGAACCAGGUCCGAUUUGGGGCUAUGAAGUACGCUGAUGACCCGGAGGUGCUGUUUUACCUGGAUAACCUCGACACAAAAUCGAAGGUGAUUUCAGUGCUCCGGAAUGACCAGCCCAUGGGGGGCAACACCUACACUGCCGAGGCUCUGGGCUUCUCAGACCACAUGUUCACCGAAGCCCGGGGCAGCCGCAUGCACCAAGGGGUCCCCCAAGUCCUCAUCGUGAUCACCGAUGGGGAAUCCCAUGAUGCAGAAAAGCUCAAUGCCACCGCCAAGGCCUUGCGAGACAAAGGCAUUCUUGUCCUGGCCGUGGGGAUCGCUGGUGCUAAUCCCGUGGAGCUGCUAGCCAUGGCAGGGUCGAGUGACAAAUACUUCUUCGUGGAGACUUUUGGAGGCCUGAAGGGGAUAUUUUCAGACGUGUCAGCCAGUGUGUGUAACUCUUCACAAGUAGAUUGUGAAAUUGAAAAAGUAGAUCUCGUUUUCCUCCUGGAUGGUUCCACUAGCAUCCAGCAGGAAGACUUCAAGAAGAUGAAGGCGUUCUUGGUGUCCAUUGUUCAAGACUUUGACGUCAGCAUCAACAGAGUACACAUAGGAGCCGCCCAGUUUAGCCAUGACUAUCGUCCAGAGUUCCUACUGGGGAAGUUCACAGGCAAAAAGGAGAUUUCAUUUCAGAUUGAAAACAUCGAGCAGAUUUUUGGAAACACACAUAUCGGUGCUGCACUCCAGAAUGUGGGGCGUUACUUCCAGCCCCACAUGGGCAGCCGGAUAAACACAGGUACCCCACAGGUGCUGCUGGUCCUCACAGAUGGCCAGUCCCAAGACGAGGUGGCUCAGGCCGCCGAAGACCUGAGACACAAAGGCAUCGACAUCUACACUGUGGGCAUUGGGAAGGUGGAUGACCAGCAGCUUAUUCAGAUCACCGGGACUGCGAGUAAAAAACUCACAGUUCAUAACUUCGAUGAACUGCGUAAGGUCAAGAAGAGGAUAAUUCGCAACAUCUGCACCUCGGGCGGUGAGAGCAAUUGUUUCGUGGAUGUUGUGGUAGGAUUUGACAUCUCAACUCAGCAGAAGGGGCAGACUUUGCUUGACGGUCAGCCUUGGGUGGAAACCUACCUGCAAGACAUCUUACUCGCCAUCAGCUCCCUUAAUGGGGUCAGCUGUGAGGUGGGCACGGAGACCCAGGUUAGCGUGGCUUUUCAAGUGACCAACGCCAUGGAAAAAUACUCACCCAAGUUCGAGAUCUACAGUGAAAACAUACUGAAUAGCUUGAAGAAUGUAACAGUUAAAGGACCGUCUGUUCUCAAUGCAAACUUCUUGAGUUCCCUGUGGGAUGCAUUUCAGAAUAAAUCGGCUGCCCGCGGCAAGGUGGUUCUCUUAUUUUCAGAUGGAUUGGAUGAUGAUGUUGAAACCCUCGAACAAAAAUCUGAUGAGCUUAGAAAAGAAGGCCUGAAUGCCCUCAUAACUGUCGCUCUGGAUGGAGCCCCAGAUUCAGGUGACCUGGCUGAUCUUCCCUACAUUGAAUUUGGGAAAGGAUUUGAGUACAAGACCCAGUUCACUAUUGGAAUGGGGAAUCUUGGAAGCCAACUGUCAAAGCAGCUGGUCAAUGUUGCCGAAAGAACAUGCUGCUGUUUAUUCUGCAAGUGCAUUGGAGAAGAUGGCACAAGAGGAGAUCCUGGACCUCCUGGGAAUAAGGGAUCCACAGGUUUUAAAGGCAGUGAAGGCUACCUGGGAGAGGAGGGCGUUGCUGGGGAAAGAGGAGCCUCUGGACCAAUGGGAGAGCAAGGUACUAAGGGAUGCAAUGGUGCCAAAGGUCCUAAGGGAAGCAGAGGACUAAAUGGACAUCAGGGAGAAGCUGGGGAGAGUGGAAUUGACGGAUUGAGUGGCAUACAGGGUGACAGUGGUCUUCCUGGAAGAAAAGGAGAAAAAGGUGACGAAGGAUCACAGGGAAGCCCGGGAAAGAAAGGGAUUCCUGGAGACCGUGGAGCAAAGGGCCUGCGAGGAGACCCUGGAGUUCCUGGACUUGACAAUAUCAUAGAAGGACCCAAGGGCUUGAAAGGAGGACGUGGACAACAGGGUAGAAGAGGCGUGCCGGGCCCCCCUGGAACACCGGGCUCCCGAAGUGACACAGCAGCUCCUGGCCGAAGGGGACAUACAGGCCCACAGGGGACAACAGGUGCUCCAGGCCCAGAUGGACUCGAAGGCUCACCUGGACCUAAGGGCCCUCAGGGCCCAAGAGGAGAGGCUGGUACGAAAGGAGAAGCAGGAGGUCUGGGGAGUAGGGGUCCCCAGGGGCCUCCAGGACCAGAAGGAAAGGCAGGGAGUCAAGGCCAUUUGGGAAGCCAAGGAAAUAAAGGAGAACCUGGAGAUCCGGGAGAAAAAGGAGCCAUGGGCCUCGCCGGCCCCCGGGGCUUGCCGGGUGAUGAUGGCAGCCCAGGUUAUGGUAGCGUUGGAAGUAAAGGAGCAAAGGGACAAGAAGGAUUCCCUGGAGAAAGCGGGUCUAAGGGUGAGGUUGGCGACCCUGGUGGCCCAGGAGAAGUUGGACCCAAGGGAGCGAGAGGCCUGACGAUGUCCGCUGGGCUUCCAGGAGAACCAGGACCCCCUGGGGAGCUGGGACCCCCUGGACGCAAGGGUGUGAAGGGGGCCAAAGGAUUGGCUUCAUUUUCCAUGUGCGAGCUCAUUCAGUAUGUGCGGGACCACAGUCCUGGCGGAUACGGAAAGCCAGAGUGCCCCGUGCACCCGACCGAGCUGGUCUUUGCCUUAGACCAGUCGCAGGAUGUGACCAAGCAGGAGUUCGAGCAGAUGAAGGAGGUGAUGUCCUCGCUGGUGAGCAGCGUUCGCGUCCGGGACAGCGGCUGUCCCGUGGGAGCGCGCAUCGCGGUCCUGUCCUACAACUCCCGCGUCCGACACCUCAUCCGCUUCUCAGACACCUACCAGAAGAACCGCCUCCUCCGGGAAAUCGAAGCCAUCCCCUACGAGAGGUCCUCAGACGGCAGGGAGAUCGGCAAAGCGAUGAGGUUUAUCUCCAGGAACGUCUUCAAGCGAACCCUCCCAGGCACUCACACGAGAAGAAUCGCCACGUUUUUCAGCAGCGGCCAGUCUGCCGAUGGCCAGUCCGUCACCACGGCCACCAUGGAAUUCAGCGCCCUUGACAUCGUUCCUGUCGUGAUUGCUUUCAGUAACGUGCCCUCCAUCAAGCGUGCGUUUUCGAUCGACGACACUGGCACAUUCCAGGUAAUAAUGGUUCCAUCCAGGGCUGACUACACGCCAACGCUGGAGAGACUGCAGAGGUGCACGUUCUGCUACGAUGUGUGCAGGCCAGACGCUUCCUGCGAUGAAGCCAGACCGCCCCCGGUGCAGUCUUACAUGGAUGCGGCUUUCCUUCUGGACGGCUCCCGGCAUGUGGGAAGUGCCGAGUUCGAAGGCAUAAGAGACUUCCUGGGAGCACUGUUAGAUCACUUUGAAGUGACCCCAGAGCCUGAGACCUCUGUCACUGGAGACAGGGUGGCCCUGUUAAGCCAUGCUCCCCCCAGCUUCCUACCCAACACACAGAAGAGUCCCGUGAGAACCGAGUUCAACCUCACCACCUAUGGCAGCAGGCGCCGCAUGAAGAGGCAUGUGGAAGAAUCUGUCCAACAGCUGAAUGGAGACGCUUUUAUCGGUCAUGCCUUACAGUGGACCCUGGACAAUAUCUUUCUGAGUGCCCCAAAUCUGAGAAAAAACAAAGUCAUAUUUGUGAUAUCAGCUGGGGAAACCAGUCACUUGGACAGAGAAACCUUGAAGAAAGAAUCUUUGAAAGCCAAAUGUCAAGGGUAUGCCCUGUUUGUAUUUUCCUUUGGCCCUACUUGGAAUGACAAGGAACUGGAAGAUCUAGCCAGCCACCCCCUGGAUCACCACCUGGUCCAGCUCGGUCGAGUUCAUAGACCUGACCACGGAUACGGUGUGAAGUUCGUGAAGUCUUUUAUAAACUCAAUCAGGCGUGCGAUCAACAAAUACCCGCCAGUGAACUUCAAAACAAAGUGCAACAGACUCAGCUCUGCAAAUCUGCGGCAGCACCCCCAGCAGCAGCUGCGAAGCUUUGUCCCUGGACCACAUAAAACUGCCCUUAAAGAAGACGCAUUACGAAAGGCAAAAUUCUUUCAAGAUAAAAAAUAUGUUUCAAGAACAGCAAGAGAGAGCAGAGGUAAUUCUGUUCGAAAUGUUACGAGGAACACAUCUCGUGCCUUUAAAAACUGGAAAGUGGUAAAAACUAUUCCCAAAGGGCAUGAUGAAGGAGGUGCUCAAAGAAUUUAACCUGAGGAAGCAUGGUAAGACCCUGGACUCACUGCCAGACUGUGGGUGACUUGUACUCAGAUGUCCGCCUGUACCUGGAGGUCCACUCCAGAGGGCUGGACAAACCACAGGGCGUGGGGUGUGAGGCAAUGUGCUGUGUGCGCUCACUGGUGUUAAGAUAUAUCUGGUCCAUUUAUGUGACCACUCUGGGUAAUCCCAGUCUACUAAGACUGAUAUAUUACAGAACUGUUAUCAUUAAGAGAUGGAAGAAUGAAGAAAUAUUUUGAAGUCUAAUGGCCAUGAUAAUUUGAAGGUAAAUUUUAUAUAGUUAUACACGUGCGUACGUGGGCCGGUGCUAAUUAUUCUGAUCGUCAAUGUCCGUCCAGCCCAUUGUCCGCACACCAAGCUUUCUUUCUCAGUUUCGUUCUGUUUAAUGCUCACCUGCUUAAGCAGAGGUUGUUUUGGGAGACCCCAAAGUUUACCUUAGAGAUUGAUGCUGUUGGCAUGCCAUCAUUUUGAAACCGCGGCCUCCCACGACGAGUCUGCUUAGACACGUCACCAUCCCUGUACGGAUGGAGUAU